AUGUCUUCGGCAGUUGCCAUUGAUGCUGAUGGUUGUACGGGUUUGUCUAGUAGGGGAUCGUACCAGGAAUCGUCUUCUAACGACGUGAGGUCGUCUGAUGGUACUUCGAAUGAAGGCGUGGUGGUGAUGAUUGGGAUUUGGGGAUUACACUUGAUUCCAUCUGAAUCUGAGUCCAUCAAAAGGAUGGCUACCAAUCAAAGUAGCGAGGAUUUGGAAGCCAAGCAAAAGCCAUUCAAGGAUGAGUACGUUAAUGAUAAGGCUGAUGGGACUAGUAGUGAGUCGGAUGCUCCCGCGAAGUCAAAGGGUAAAGCAGCUGCUGUUAAAACACAGAAUGAAGUAAGUUCUCAUUAA